GCAGCAGGAGGAGCAGGAAGAGGAGUGUGCAAGGCCGACGAGGACUGUGGCCCCAGCAGCACCGCAGAGGAAGAAGAAUCCACGCAGGCUCUCCGCGGCCUCGGCGUGUGCAAGUGGUUCAACGUGCGGAUGGGCUUUGGCUUCCUGGCCAUGAGCACGGAGGGCGCGCAGCUGGACGAGCCCGUGGACGUGUUCGUGCACCAGAGCAAGCUCCACAUGGAAGGCUUCCGCAGCCUGAAGGAAGGCGAAGCCGUGGAGUUUACCUUCAAGAAGUCCUCCAAGGGUCUGGAGUCGCAGUGGGUAACCGGUCCGGGCGGCGUCCAUUGUGUGGGCAGCGAGCGCCGACCCAAAGGCAAGAAAGUCCAGAAGCGACGCUCGAAAGGAGAUCGGUGCUACAACUGCGGCGGCCUGGACCACCACGCCAAGGAGUGCAAGUUGCCGCCCCAGCCCAAAAAGUGCCACUUCUGCCAGAGCAUCGAUCACAUGGUGGCCAGCUGUCCAAUCAAAGCGCAGCAGUCUUCGCCGGGGUCUCAGGGAAAGCCUUCGUCCUUGAAGGGGGACGAGGAGGCGGAGGAGGACCACGGACCUUCCUCUGCUGCCACUCCGCCGCCGCCGCCGCCUCCUCCUCAGGAGCCCUCUGAUUAGGUGGGAUAGGUGAUGUCGGGGGCAGGGGGGGG